AUGGAUUCAAAACUAGCAAACAACAUAUCCACCUCACAAACAAUAACAGAUCGUUUGCAAACUUCAAUUUAUCGGACAAAGAUUAUCAAGCAACAAAACUUAGAAAACUUUCAAAUCGUUUGGCUUGAUGCUAAUAUCAAUAAAACAGAUGAUAAUUUAGAAACAAUAGCUCUGCUACGUGCUACUAUUAAUUGUCUAAAUAUAUUUGAUAAUGUUUAUGACUGCUAUGACUACAUAGCCGAUGUCCAGAAUGAAAAAGUAUUUUUAAUUGUAUCAGGUUCAAUUAGUCAAGAUAUAAUACCAUAUAUUCAUCAAAUACCACAAAUUCAAUUUGUUUAUGUAUACUGUGUUGACAUCGAAAAGCAUAAACAAUGGGAAAUGAAUUAUGAAACAGUGCGUGGUACAUAUACUAAUAUGAAUGAUAUUUGUGAGCAGUUAAGUAAAGAUGUUGUUACCAGUUCACAUCAAUUCUUAUCCAUGAAUAUUAUUUCUACAAGCAUAAAAGAAAAGGAAAUAAAUAAGCAAGAAGCUUCAUUUAUGUACUUUCAAUUGUUAACUGAAAUCUUAACUGGAAUGGAACCUAAAGACGAUGCAAAAACAGAUAUGAUUAAUCAAUGCCGGUUACAGUAUAUUGGUAAUGAAAUAGUUUUAAAUCAUAUCGACGAAUUUGAUAAGACUUAUAGUCCAAACAAAGCCAUAUGGUGGUACACAAGACAUUGCUUUUUAUAUGAAAUAUUGAAUAAAGCACUUCGAAUUCAAGACGUUGAUAUUCUUCUUAAAUAUCGUUUCUUCUUAACUGAUCUUCAUAAUCAAAUAAAACAAUUACACUCAGAGUUUGUUCAAUCAUUACCAACAAAAAAUAACGACAGUGAGCAAAGAAAACUGACUGCAUAUCGCGGUCAAGGCAUAGAUAUAAACGACCUCGAGAAAAUAAAGAAUAAUCUUGGGGGGCUUUUAUCAUUCAAUAGCUUUCUAUCAACUAGUACCAAUCCAAACGUAGCACUGAUGUUCACCGCAAAUCAUUCGGAUAUUCAAUCUCUUCUUUUUGAAAUAAAUGCUGACUAUCGCCAAGACACCAAGCCAUUUUGUAACAUUAAAACAAUAAGCAUGUUUAAUCAAGAAGAAGAAAUCCUUUUCUCUAUAGGAAGUGUAUUUCGAAUUGAAUCAAUUGAUAACUUAAGCAACGGCGUCUGCAAGGUAACCUUGACAUUAACUACAGAAGAAGAUGAGCAGUUGAAACAAUUAUCGGAACACUUCCGAAUUCAACUCAACGAAAUGCCCAACCUACACGCUCUUGGUGCACUCAUGACACUAAUGGGCAAGUACGACCACGCUCAACAGUAUUUCACAACAUCGAUUAAAACCAACCAACAGACACACACAGAUAUACCACUAAACUAUAAUAAUCUUGGAUUCGUCUGCAGAGCGAAAGGCGAAUACGACAAAGCAAUACAAUAUUAUGAAAACUCACUAGAAAUGCAAACGAAUUCGCUGUCAUCAAAUCAUCUAUUAUUAGCUACUACAUAUAAUAGCAUCGGAUCAGUUUAUGAUGAUAAAGGCGAAUACGAUAAAGCCUUAGAAUAUUACGACAAGGCACUAGAAAUUCGUUUGAAUUCAUUGCCACCAAACCAUCCAUCAUUAGCUACAAUAUACAGUAACAUUGGAACACUCUGUUUUGAGAAAGGUGAAUACGAUAAAGCGUUGCAAUACUUUGAAAAAUCACUAGAAAUUAAUGCGAAUUCAUUACCAUCAAAUCAUCCAUCAUUAGCUAUAAUAUCCAGUAACAUUGGAACACUCUAUUUGGAGAAAGGUGAAUACCAUAAAGCAUUGCAAUAUUUUGAAAAAUCACUAGAAAUUAAUGCGAAUUCAUUACCAUCAAAUCAUCCAUCAUUAGCUACUACAUACAACAAUAUCGCAUCACUUUGUACUAAUGAAGGUGAAUACGCCAGAGCAUUACAAUAUUAUGAACAAACACUCCAAAUUCGUACAAAUUCACUACCGUCAAAUCAUCCAUCAUUAGCUGCUAUCUACAACAAUAUUGCGUCAAUUCAUGAUGAAAAAGGUGAAUACGAUAAAGCAUUGGACUACUAUGAAAAGUCACUGGCAAUCAACACGAAUUCAUUACCGCCGAAUCACCCAGCGUUAGCCACUAACUAUAACAAUAUUGCGUCAAUUCAUGAUGAAAAAGGUGAAUACGAUAAAGCAUUAGACUACUAUGAAAAGUCACUGGCAAUCAACACGAAUUCAUUACCACUGAAUCACCCAUCGUUAGCCACUAACUAUAACAAUAUUGGAUUAGUUUAUACCCACAAAUGUGAAUAUGACAAAGCAUUGGAAUAUUAUGAACAGACUGUUGAAAUUCACCAGAAUUCAUUACCAUCAAAUCAGCUAUCAUUAGCUACUACAUAUAAUAAUAUUGGACUAGUUUAUCAUGGAAAAGGUGAACACGACAAUGCAUUAAAAUAUUAUGAAAAGGCGCAAAAAAUUCAGACGAAUUUAUUACCAUCAAAUCACCCAUCGUUAGCUACAACAUACAAUAAUAUCGGAACGGCUUAUCAGAAGAAACGUGAAUACGCCACAGCAUUACAGUAUUAUGAACAAUCACUAAAAAUUCAGACGACUUCACUACCAACAAAUCAUCCAUCAUUAGCUACCACCUACAAUCACGUUGCAUCAAUUCACGAUGAGCAAGGUGACUAUAGAAAAGCAUUGGACUAUUAUCAGAAGUCACUAGCAAUUACCUCGAGUUUAUUACCAUCAAAUCAUCCAUCACUGGCUACUGCAUACAAUAACAUUGGAUCAGUUUAUGAUAAGAAAGGUGAACACGACAAUGCCUUAAAAUAUUAUGAAGCGACACUAGAUAUCUACAUGAAUUCAUUACCACCAAUGCAUCUAUCAUUAGCUGCUCAAUACAUUAGUAUUGGAUUAAUUUAUCUUAAAACAGGUGAAUAUCACAAAGUACUAGACGUUUCCGAAAAGACACUACAGAUUCAAAUGAAUUUAUUACCAUCAAAUCACCCAUCACUAGCUACUACAUAUAACAUUAUUGGAUUAGCUUAUGAUGAGAUAGGUGAAUACGGUAAAGCUUUAGAAUAUUACGAGAAGACACGAGAAAUUCAUUUCAAUUCAUUACCAUUAAAUCACGCAUUAUUAGCUCGAACAUAUAGUACAAUUGCAUCAGUUUACGAUAAAAAAGGUCAAUACGAUAAUGCAUUAGAAUAUUACGAGAAGACACGAGAAAUUCAGCUCAAUUCCUUACCAUUAAAUCUCGCAUCAUUAGCUACAAGCUACAAUAACAUUGCGCUAGCUUAUAAUAAGAAAGGUGAAUCGCACAAAGCACUAGACUAUUAUGAAAAAUCACUAGAAAUUUAUGCGAGUUCAUUACCAUCAAACCAUCCAUCACUAGUUACCACAUACAAUAAUAUUGCAUCAAUUCAAGGUAUGAAAGGUGAGUACGACCAAGCUUUAGAAUGUUAUAGACACACACUAAAAAUUCAGACGAAUUCAUUACCAUCAAAUCACCCAUCGUUAGCUGCUACAUACAAUAAUAUCGGAUCGGUUUAUGACAAUAAAGGUGAACGUGAUAAUGCAUUACAAUAUUAUAAAAAGGCACUGCAGAUGCAUUCUGAUUCAGUACCACGAAAUGACGCAUCCUUAGCCACUACAUACCAUAAUAUUGCAUCAGUUUAUGAUGAGAAAGGUGAGUACGACAAAGCAUUGGAAUAUUAUGAACAGACACUUAAAAUUCGAAUGAAUUCGCUACCAUCAGAUCAUCCAUCGUUAGCUACUGCAUAUAGUAAUAUUGGGGUAGUUUAUCAGAAGAAAGGUGCACACGACAAUGCAUUUAAAUAUUACAAAAAGGCGCUAGCAGCUCCAUCUAAUUUAUUAGCAACAAAUAAUCCAUCAUUAGGUGUUAUAUAUCGUAAUAUUGGAUCAGUUUAUCAUCAAAAGGGGAAAUACGAUAAUGCGUUACAGUGUUACAGAAAAGCACUUGAAAUUCAGACGAAAUCAUUACCAUCACAUCAUCGUCAAUUAGCUGCUACGUAUUAUAAUAUUGCAUCAGUCCACCAUAAGAAGGGGGAAUACGCUAAAGCACUAGAAUAUUACGAAAAGACAGUAGAAAUUGAAUCCAAGUCGCCAGUUUCAAUGAAUCCAUCAUUAGCUGCUUUAUUUCAUAAUAUUGGAUCAGUUUAUCACAGGAAAGGUGAAUACGAUAAAGCAUUAGAAUAUUAUGAGAGGACACUAGAACAUGAAUCGAAGUUACUACCAUCAAAUCAUCCGUCGUUAGCUACUGCAUAUAAUAAUGUGGAAUUAGUGUAUCAUGAGAAAGGUGAAAACGAUAAAGCAGUAGAGUGCUUUGAAAGGACACUAGAAAUUCCUUCGAAUUCUUUACUAUCAAAGUAUCGAACAUUCGCUGGUACAUAUAACAAUGUUGCAUCAAUUUAUAAGAAGAAGGGUGAAUACGAUAAAGCUUUAGAAUAUUACCAGAAGGCAUUGGAAAUUCGUUCGUGUUCAUUAGCAUCAAAUAAUCUAGCAAUAGUCGCUAUAUAUAAUAAUAUGGCAUUAGU